AUGUUCAUAUUGCGCGUCCAAAGGAACUGGCGUCUUAUUGCGCGUCAGAUGCAGCGACUCCUCAAACAAAUGAAGGAUAUGGCCGAAAGGCGAAACGCAGACUUCCACGAUAUCCUUGAAGGCUUGGGCAUCGACCUGGAUUUUAUCAUUGAUCUGAGUAUUCUUGCUCCAUUAUCUGAUACCGCGGAGGGCGAAUUGCGCUGGCCAAAAGAGUGGGUUGAGCCCAAAGGCACAUUCCAUGCCAACUUGGACAUGCUCAAAAGUUGGGUCCUUGACUGUAACUCAAAGCAGGAGGACGACAAGGACGGUGACGAUACUCCACACCUAGUUAAAGGCCAGGGUUGUUUGUUUGCGCCACCUCGUCUGACCGAGAGACAAAAACGAGAGAUCUUUGAACGUCCAUGA